UUGUAGUCCACUUCCUCAGUCAUCUGUCCUCUCUGUCUUGUGUGUUAUUUCUCUUUCUAACAAGACUGACUGCUCGAUCUGCUCUGCUCUUAGAGAUGAAGGGUUUCCUGCUGACACUGUCAGUGUUGUUGGCUUUUACAAGAGAAAACAAUGGAAAGCCCAACGUGAUUCGAACGCCACGGUAUCCAUCAGUGUAUGUUGGGGAUGAUGUCAGUCUGAAGUGUAAUGGCAAAGGUGAACCGAUAAAAUGGACAUUGAAUGGCAGAGCACUAUCACAAAACAAUUCCUUGUUGACUCUUACUACGGUUACAACUGCAAACAGCGGAGAAUACAUUUGUAAACGCAACGCAGUGGAGAGUGAUGCACACAACCUCACAGUUCUAGAGUUGGAGGCCUACGCGCAGUUAUCUCUGCCGCCAGGGGGCGCUGUGAUCCCCAGAGGCGAGGCGAGGGUCCUCACACUGCAGGUGGACGAGGAGCUGGAUAAGUGGAAGUGUUUCGCAUUUAGGGACAAUGCUGGCUUCGUGAUCCAAAUCAUGCCGGACAGGAUGAACGUGGGGCGAGUGUAUGCAGAUUUACAAAAUGCAAAAAGAGCUACAUUCUGGUGCAAGAAAUCUGCAAGCAAUCAUCGGAGCAAUGUGGUUACCAUGAUGAUGACAGACAGUAUGGUGAUGUUGGAACCAGCCACACCUGUGCUGAAGGAACAGGCCCUCACUCUCAGGUGUGCUGCGUGGGGCGGAGGCAAAGUAGAACAGGCCAUAUUCUACAAGAAUGACAAACCUUUCUAUACAGGAGGUAAUGACAAAUACACCAUCCCAAGUGCCACAGAGAGUGAUAAUGGCCAGUACAAAUGUCAGGCCAUCUACAGAUUCAGUCACAUUAGCACAGAUGCCGCCAGUAAGACCCACGAGUCCGAUUCGCAACAGAUAAAAGUUAUAGACGGACCUCCGGCUGCUUUACUUGUAACAAAUUACGAGACAGAAUUAGAGUGUUCCUGCGCAGCGUGUAAUGCAGACUGCAGGACGUACCAGUGGCAUCACACUGACAUCUCAAACACACGCAAAAGACUCGAUAAUGCCGACAAAACCAUUCAUAUAGAUGAAGAUGGAUCAUACACCUGCCGGGCAGACUGUGGCAAUGGAUUUUCACGAUUCAGCAAUGUUCACAACUUCAAAGCAGGAGCGGUGGAUGGAGGAGGAACAGUGGUGGUUAUCUUGAUAGCAAUUGUGAUCAUUUUUUUGGGCCUGAUUUUCAUUGUGAUGGCGGUCAUAAUCAGACGGCGUCAUAGAAACAGGGCCACUGUACAGGUCAAAGACGACGGGAAGAAAGACAAGUCGGGUGGAGACUACGAGCAAAUCGGUCUUACCGACAAAGGUAUUUAUCACACGCUAGCUGAGGCCAGUGGCCAGGAGAAGGCUGAGGGGGGGUACGAGGCUCUUAAGAAGACGGAUGACGAUAAGGCGGUGUACCACACGCUGGGGGGUGUGAAGGAACCGAGUGAGGCACAGGGUCAGGGUGGGUACGAGGCUCUUAAGAAGACGGAUGAGGAGAAGGCGGUGUACCACACGCUGGGGGGUGUGAAUGAACCGAGUGAGGCACAGGGUCAGGGUGGGUAUGAGGCUCUUCAGAAUGUCAAAGCUCAGGUGUACCAAACUCUGAGUUCAGGAUCAGGGAAACCUGAAGGGGAAGCGGAGGGAGGCUACGAGCAGCUGCCUCAGAAAGAUGUGAACGUGGAGGAGAAUCCGUAUGAAGAACUGAAAGCAGAUAAACAGAAGAAAGAGUUACAAUGACAUCCUCACGGUCAACAUGAGAUUCACAUUUACCCAGUUUAGCUUGUUAUACACUUUAAUGGUCUUAUUUACAAAAAGGAAGCAAAUGUUUGUCUUCACAAUCUUUUAUCUUUAAGUAAUAAUAAGAACCAUUUUGUUCACAUGGCUUGUAGAUGUCCACCAAUAACCCAAUUUAUUAGUAAUAGUAGUCAUUACUGUAGAUGUUGGCAAUACAGUUUUUCUAAAAUACUCCCGGUAAACGAAUGCUAGUUCAUGUUUUUUUAGAAGGUUAUAUAUUAUUAAUGGCAAAUAAUGAAAGAUUUGAAAAAGAAGCUUUACCCUUCGGAUACAUGGAGAUGCUCGGGAAGGUGAACUUGAAAUUUAGAUUCCAAAUGAAGUAGCUCCUCAGAAAUGUGUUGGUGAUAUUUCUGGAGGUCAGUAAAUCCCCCACAAUCCCCUGUAAAAUUACAUUCAGCCCUGACUUCAUUCUGAUACGAAAGACUCACAUUUCUACAUUCUUUGUAACCCUGGUUUAGUGCUAAAUGUGUCACAGUACAGAAGCAAAUAAGAUGCCUAAAUGUAAUUUCAUGUUGAAUUAAAUCCCUCACCUUUAAAAUAGAAUCUAUCAAGCAAAAAAGUUCAAAAGCUGCCUUAAAUUUGAAGUUAAAUCAAAUUAGCUUUACAAGUGGAUUCCAAUUAUAUUAAACUGCAAUCCAGUUGCAUUUCGUAUGAUUCGUUCAUUGGAUUAUUCUGAUGAGGUUAAGUAACAUAGCGUAUUGAGCACAUCAUUUUUACAGUUUGGACAGAAUCAGUUAUGAGUAUUUCAUUGGCAGGUUUUCCUCUAGACUAUCUGUUUCUGCACUUUCAAAACGUAGUGUUUAGCUUAGCAAUAAAAGACGAGAGAGUGCUGACAGAGUUAAUGGUAAAACCUGUUGGUUUGAAAGUGACUAAUAAUGUGAAAGGAUGAGAAUGUUGAAGUAGAAAAAUACACAACACACCCACAGACAUAUAGCCACACACACACACACACAUAUUCACAAAGGAGAUUUCCAUCUAUGCAAUAGGAAUUCAGACAUGUUCAUUUUGUAGAUAAGAGGAAAAACAAAAAAAGGAAGGAAAUAUUUUGUGCAAUAAAACUGGGAGUAGUUUCCGGUUUUAGAAAGUGAAAGGCUUUUAACGUCAAGCACCCAAACACACAAGAACAGUUAAAAACGUUUAGGAAAAUACAUCCACACAAUUACACAAACAGAAGAACAUAUUUCUUUUCAAUGUGCAUGAAGUUAUUUAGCUUUGAAUUUCUGCAGUACGCUAAAACAUGAUGUUGUGUUCAUCUUGCGACCGCUGGUCAACAACAGCAUCAAUACAUUUACAAACAGAGGAAACUUUGGUAAUCUGGAGGUUAAGUGUUGUUUGAACAUGAAUGACCUCCAAGCCGGAGUUAUCUUCUUGUAAAUGUAUUUCUCUUUGCACUAUAUUCCUAUUUGCACUCUUUAUUUUAUAAUUUUCUUGCGAGCUUUGAUUUGAAUUCUGGUUGAAUUGUGUAACAAACUUUUUUUGAUAAUGUAUCAAUGCUUUUAAGUAGUUCCAUAAAGCAAUUUUCCGUGUAGUUCUGUCCUUCCCCAUAAGAUGGAGACAAACUACCAAAUACUUAACAUGUUUUUCAUAAGAAUGCUCUGACACAAGUGCUCAUUGCAGUAUUAACCGAGUUUGUAUCGAUUUUGUUGUAUUUUCUCCUUGCUUGGUCCUGAACUAACAGUUUGACCAUCAUUUACAGUUUGUGAAACAUAAAAUAAAUGGAUCCUAGCUACAA